AUGCGAACCUUGCGGAGGAAUUGUGUGGACUGCAAGAAACCUCAUCAUGAUGAUUUCUUCUACCUUCGAUGGCUGCUAGCACGAGAUUUCGAUGUUGAAGCAGCGGAAAAAAUGUUGCGAGAUAACGUGUAUGAAACAGCAUUAAAAAUUGUUGUUGAAUUCCAGUCCUUGAAGUGGCGAGAAGAAUGGCAGGUUGAUUCUCUCUUAUCGUGGAAGGCUCCGGAAUCUGUAGUCAAUUACUACCCCAGUGGACUAACAGGUUAUGACAAAGAAGGAGCACCAGUUGUCGUCAUACCAUUCGCUGGACUGGAUAUGUGGGGAAUGCUGCAUACAGUAAGAAGGUCGGAUUUCAUACGUAUGACGCUACAGAAAAUAGAAUACUUCAUGAUGUUAUGCGAAGAACAAACAAAAAAGCAUGGACAACAAGCAUCAAAAGUUAACCUAAUUAUCGAUAUGGAAAACUUCAAUAUUCGGCAAUACACCUGGAGACCAGCACCAAAAAUAUUUGCAUUCGCCUUUUCAAUAAUUAAAAAGUUUAUGAAAGAAUAUACCCUACGGAAGAUACAAAUUUAUAAAAAUGAUCCUGAGAAGUGGCAACCACUCCUGCUGAAAGUUAUUGAUGCUGACCAACUGCCAAAACAUUAUGGGGGCACAAUGGUGGAUCCUGAUGGAAAUCCGAAGUGUCCUUCAAAGGUCAAUCCAGGAGGAACCAUUCCUAAAUCACUGUACUAUAAGAAACCAGAUAAAUCUGCAACCCAAGAAAAAUUUACAAAAGUAGUUGUUAAAAAAGGUGACAAGAUACAAAUUCCUUUCAUAGCAACAGAUGAAGGAUCAUUUCUCAAGUGGGAAUUUAGAACAGAAGGUCAUGACAUACGGUUUGGAAUAACUUAUGCUGAUGUAGAUGGAAAUGAAUCGGUGGCAGUUCCUUUGCAACGAAUCACUUGCUUCCCUGCUUCAGAAACUGGAGAAAUAGCGUGUCAGUCUCCAGCAACAUAUACUGUAACGUUUGACAACUCCUAUAGUUUCCUGCGCAAUAAGACGCUCCACUACUCAGUAUUUAUGAAAAGUCCAGAAAAUAAUGUAGAAGUUAAUGGACCUCAAGAUAUUUCAGGAAAUAUAAAAUCCAUUUCACUCUCUGAAACAUAACUUCAUCCAUUAACGACUCACAAAAUAUAUGUUCCACAUUGUUACAUUUGAUAGAAAGAUGUACUAAAUUGUCUGACACAAUGGUAAGGUGACACAUAAUAUCAACAUACCAAAUGCUUAUGACAAAAGAAGUUUGUGUGUCAUACCACAACCAAUUUCUGAAUGUCCUCCAUUGAAAGAGAACAAACUUCCUAGAAAAGAGUACCAAGAUAAAUAUGUAAAAUUCAAAGAAAAAACAUUACCAAAGAUCAACUUUUGAAUUCUGAAUGUCAUUAUCAAUAUGGUCUCACUCGUAAUCAACAUAUUAUGUCCAUAGAUGUACAAAACAUGAUUGUACAUGUUUGUAAUGUUAUUAUCGACUUCAUAUAUUAUUUGCAGGUUUUUUUACAGAUAUUCAUUAUUAUUAUUAUAAUAAACUUAUUGUAAGAUCAAGCUUUUUAUCCUCCAAUUUUCCUCUUAUCAUUUGCUCUCUUCUCUUAUUCAUCCUAUAAUGUUUAAGGAGUAUUCCUGAACAAUAAAUCUAAAAUAGUUUUAUAACUAAAAUAAAAUUUCUGAAGGCUGAUUUUCAAUACUUUUGUGUGUGGGUGGGGAGUAUCUUUUCCCAUCAACUAUUACCAAAUCAAAGGAAUAAAAUGUAAAUAAAUAAAAAAACAAAUAUUUGAAAGAAAAUUGACAUAAAAAUGGAAUAGAUCAUUUUUCAUUCAUUUUUUUUAUUCAUUAAUGUUUUUAUGCAUGUUCGUUAUAGUGGUUUGAAUGAAAUAUUAAGACAAAAUACCUUCAAAAGUGCUAAAAAACUCAGAUAUUAUCAACCAGAUGAGUAAUUUAACAUCCAAAUACCUUAUAUAGUAUGUGGAUAAAAAUCUGAUAAACAAACAGUAUUUAAUGAUACCUAUUCAACCAUCCUUCUAAGAAGGAAUAGACAUUCUCUGUGAAGAAAAGGUAUUUUCUCUAAAUAACAACCAAUCUCUGCAAAUGACAAUUUUGCUUCUAACAUUGGCAUUUCUUUCAAUUUGUUUUCUAAAUAUUCAUGAAAAAUUGAAUAUUUCUUUUUAUAUCAUUGCUGUACAAAGCUGUAAAAUUAAAAAGAAC